AUGGGUGGUGACACAGUGACCGUCACAAUUGGCAAAUCACGGCAUAGAAUCACGGUGGAUCGAGCAAUUGAAAGACAUAGAGCAGCAAGAUUGGCCCAUCAAUAUCAAAGAAAAACGCCAGAUGACAAUGAUAACAAACGUUCAGCAUUCAUAAAAGAUUAUUAUUUUUAUAAUGAAUAUCAUAAAAAAAUUAAUGAUGAAAAUAUUAAAGUAGACCCUAGAAGCACCCCAACCGAAAAUCCAAGAAUAUGUAUUAUUGGCGCAGGAAUGACUGGUUUGUUCUCUGCCCUUCUUUUAAAAAAAGUCGGUAUCAAUGAUAUCACUAUUCUUGAAUAUCAAAAUCGUGUUGGUGGACGUGUCCAUACUCAUUACUUUACUGAUAGUUCUGAUGAUGACAGACGUUUAUAUGGUGAACUUGGUGCAAUGAGAUUACCUUAUAUCCAAGAUCGACCAGAUUUUAAUCAACAUCAAUUAGUAUUUGAUGUAAUUGAUUAUCUGAAUGAAUAUAAUGAAAAGGAUGAUUCAGAUAGGGAGAUCAAACUUAUUCCUUUUAUUAAUCGUAAUCCAAAUGCCUUAUAUUAUUUCAACAAUAAAAAAACCCCAUCCAAUGAAAUUAUGACCAAUAACUACUCACAAAAUAUUGGAGUAAAACAAUUAGGAUUACCUGAUGAAAUUCCAGAUAAUUAUCUUAAUAUUUGGAGUGAUGCAGUACAACCUUUCUAUGACGAAUUAGAUGCAAAUUUCACCAAUGGCCUCAUAAAUUUAAAACGUUACGAUAAUCAUACUGUCUAUUCUUACUUAAAAGAAAUUAUUCUUCCCAAAGUAUUACCAUCAAACCCUGCUGAUUAUGAUGAAAUUAUUGAUGCUAUCGAAACACAAGAAGUAGGAACAGGUGGAUAUCAUCAUUAUGGUUUGGUUACUUUUAUCAUUGAUUCAUAUUCCACCAGUAAUCCUAACUUUGAAGUAAUCUGGAAAACCAUUGAUAAAGGAAUGCAACGGUUACCUAAUGCUUUCUUACCAAUUAUCAAAAAAGAAAAUAUUAAUUUAACUUAUAAUAGUGAAGUUUAUAAACUGGAAAAAAUAAAUGAUGGUAAAAUUGAAGUAUAUUGGAAAAACAAUGGAAAAAGUGUUUCUGAAAUUUUUGAUCGAGUAAUUGUCACCGUUCCAUUAGGUCUUGUUCGUCAUUGGGAUUUACCUUUAACAUUAUCAUAUGGAAAACGAAGUGCUAUUCGUGAAAUGGAUUAUGGAUUUGCUGGAAAAAUAUUUCUUCAAUUCAAAUCACGUUUUUGGGAAAAACCUCCAUCAGAAACUGGUGCUAAUCCUACAACUUCUAAUGUUGGAAUCAUUGGUGGUAUCACUUACACUGACCUUCCUAUUCGUACUUUAGUUUAUCCUUCAUAUUAUCAAAAUAUAUCUUCUGAUAAUCCUGGAAUCCUUUUAGCAUCUUAUACUUGGAGUAAUGAUGCGAUAAAAUAUGGUCAAUUCAGUGAGGAAGAACGAUUUGAACUUGCAUUAAAAAAUUUAGCAAUUAUUCAUGGUGAUAUUGUAUAUAAAGAAUGGAUUCCAGGUAAAAAGAAUAAUAAGGCUCAAUAUUGGCCAAAUGAUAGGACUUCUGGAGGUGCUUACGCUGAGUUUGGUGUCUCACAAUUUGUAACAUUAAUGGGUGCAAUGAUGAGAUCGGAGGAAUUUAUUCAUUGGGGUGGAGAACAUACUGAUAUACAUUGUGCAUGGAUUGUUGGAGCUUUAAAUUCUGGAAUUAGAGUAGUCAAAGAAAUACUACUUGAAAAUUUAAUGAGUGAUAGAUGGUCUGAGUUAAAAGAUUCAAGAUUAUUAAAAUAUUGGAAUGGAAAUCUUAAUGCUUUUGAAGGUUAUUAA